AUGCUAAUCUUCCCUCUCUUUCUGUUUCAUACAACAAGAGCCAUCUCGCAUGCACUAACUCACUAACAAUAUUGUCUGUCACGCCCUCCCUUAUUCUUAUGUGACCCCUAACCGAUCUCUGUUCCAUUUACCAUAUAAAACCCUACCAACAGAAAUAAAACUGUUCCCGUUUAUCUCUCUCCCUCUAUCUCCGCCCCCGAUAAAUAUACUCGUCUCGGUGGUUGCCCUAGUGACCAAACGCCGGAGGAAGACAGAGAAAGCAAAGAAAGAAGCGCCGGCCGGUUAUCAUGAAAUCAAGCAGUACUCCCACACACCUGAAAAACAGCCCUCGUCAAACACGACGAGGCCCUUUCAAAUACAUAACGUUGCUCUCUUUCCUCUUCUUCCUCCCUGCCCUCUACCUCUUCCUCCACGUCAAGCACAACCUCCACCCCAACGCCAUCAUCGACCACUCUCUGCCGCACAACGUCCAAGUCCCCGACAUCCGCAUCCGCUCCGGCUACACCUCCUACAAGACCUACCUCCAGCGCCAGCUCAACAAAACCCUCAACCCUAAGCUCCGGAAGGUCUGGACCACCCGCGACUGGGACCGCAAGAUCCAGGUCUUCUCCGAGUUCUUCUCCCGGUUGAAGCAGGAAGAGCUCCUGUCCAACAACUCUCGGGCGCUCUGUAUCGGCGCCAGGGUGGGACAGGAGGUCGCGGCCCUGAAGCAAGUCGGGGUGGUAGACUCGAUAGGGAUGGACCUCGUGCCCUACCCACCUCUUGUUGUGGAGGGCGACUUCCACAACCAGCCUUUCGAGAACGACACGUUCGAGUUUGAAUUCUCGAACGUGUUCGACCACGCGCUGUACCCUAGGAAGUUCGUGGCGGAGAUCGAACGGACUUUGAAAGCCGGCGGGGUGUGCGUGUUACACGUGGCGAUAUCGAAGCGGGGGGAUAAGUACUCGGCCAACGACUUGUUCAGUGUGCGGCCGUUGGUGGAGAUGUUUCGGAGGUCCGACUUGGUUCGAGUCAGGAAGGUUGAUGGGUUCGGGUUGGACACAGAGGUCGUCUUUCGGAAACGGGAAGUCAAUGCCGUUCAACCAUUGUGACAGGGUCAUUCUUGUUUUUGCUUAUUCAAAAUUAGAGUUUAGGAUAUGGUCGAUGAUGUUAUGGUGGUGUAUUCAGUGUUUGUAUACUUGUACAAUUUGGAUGAAUAUACCUAUGUUCUCA